AUGAGAUCAAAUUCGUGGAGUAGUGUUCACGGUACUGUUAAAUACUCCAUUUCUUCUCGUUUAAGAUCUAAUGGUGUGUUUUUUAGUGGUGCUCUUCAUUGGUUUGGAAGGAUCGCUGCACAAGAAACCUCAUCCGAAGUUAUAGACUCUUUCGAUAUUAGCAAUGAGUUAAUGAUAGAUAUGCCGCUACCUGAAAAUAUUACUGUGCGACCUUCAGAUUUUCAGUGGGAUUUGUAUUUGGGAGUGUGGGGAGACUGCAUUUGUAUAGCUCUUGUUUGGCAGUUAGCUAAAGUCGAUGUAUGGGUAAUGAAGGAGUAUGGAGUUAGAUCGGUGCUGGCUGGUAAAACUGGUGAUAAUCUAGAGAGUUAUGUGGAGAGCAUUGUCUCACUUGGUUCUGGUACUUAUGUGGAGGAACUGAUGACAGAUGGGAUCGUGACGAAUCCCCAGCGACCAUGGUUAAGCUAUUUUCUUGCUUUAACAUUUGCGCUUGCUGUUGCAUUAUGUGGUCAAUGUGAUUCCUAUAGCAAGUUGAGAACAAAUGUGUAUGUUUAG